AUGCUCGAUACAUGGGAUUCUGGUGAAUUUUUUAUUGUUUUAAUAAAUGGAAACGAGGCAUUUCGUGCAGAAAAAGUUAAUGGAUCCAAUUAAUUAUGUGGAUUUCCUACAAAUGAAGACGCUCAAUCUGCUAAUUUUGUAUACAAAACCAGUGAUAAAAAUAUUGAAGUUUUAUUUACUAAUAACUCGGAUGAAGGUCCAAAUACUGAAUCUAUAGGUAUAAGCUAAUUUAUUAUUUAUGUUAAUGAAUGUAUGGCUGAAUGUUUAGAAUGCACUGAUAAUAUUUCUUGUAGUAAAUGUUAAGUAGGCAAGUAUUUAGAUGCAGGUAGAACUUGCAAUGAUUGCAAUCAUAAAUGUGCAACUUGUUCUGAUGCAACCGAUUGUGUCACUUGCUUUCAUAAUAGAGUUCCACCUGCUUGUGAUUGUCCUGCUCAUAGUUAUGAUAACUCUAAUUAUUAAGAAGCUUGUUUUCCAUGUUCUAAUAUAUCUGUUGGAUGCUCGACUUGUGAUAAUAAAACUUGCUAAGCAUGCCUAGCGCCGCGUUUUUUAGAUGGAAAUUCAUGUGUAAAUGAUUGUCCUGCAGGUAAAUGGGGUAAUACAGUAAAUAGAUAAUGUGCAGAUUGUUUAGAUAAAUGUGUAACUUGUUCUAAUGCGAUAGAUUGUGACACUUGUUUUGAGAAUAGAGUUGCACCUGCUUGUGAUUGUCCUGCUCAUAGUUAUGAUAACUCUAAUUAUUAAGAAGCUUGUUCUCCAUGUUCUAAUAUAUCUGUUGGAUGCUCGACUUGUGAUAAUAAAACUUGCUAAGCAUGUCUAGCGCCGCGUUUUUUAGAUGGAAAUUCAUGUGUAAAUGAUUGUCCUGCAGGUAAAUGGGGUAAUACAGUAAAUAGAUAAUGUGCAGAUUGUUUAGCUAAAUGUGUAACUUGUUCUAAUGAAAAUACUUGUGACAUUUGUUUUGAGAAUAGAGUACCUUAAUAAUCCUGUACUAUGUGUUCUACUUUUUCAAUUGGAUGUGCUACAUGCAGUUCAACUGAAUGUCUUAAAUUUAAAUAUAGAUUUUGA